CAUUACGGAACUUCGUCACCGCGCGUCAUACCCAUAAGCUCCCUCGGUGAUCCGGAAGCGGUCGUUCUUGUCAGUCUGCUGGUUGGUGUCAAACACAAGAAGUAUGGCUCUUCACAGUGGAUUUGUGCGCGUGUCGUCUCUGCUGCGUUCAGCGCUCAGCGUUUCUCUGCGCAGGAACAUCGGCCUCUCCGCCGUCCUUUUCAACAAGGCCAAAGACAUGGACCCCAUCCAGAAACUCUUCCUGGACAAGAUCCGAGACUACAACACCAAGAGCAAGGCGUCUGGUGGUGUAAUUGACGCUGGUCCGGCGUAUCAGAAGAAUCUGGCGGAGGAAACCACUAAACUGCAGCGUCUGUAUGGAGGAGGAGAUCUCAACAAGUUCCCUCAGUUCAGCUUCACAGAGCCCAAGCUGGACGAGACGACGACUAAAUGAAGCGUCUCUGUUCAUCACUGCUGAAAAUAAACAUCAUUAUUUAAUAAUAA